AUGCAGGAAGAGCAGCCACAAAAGAGGAACAAGAAAAAAAAAAAAAAAAAAAAAAAAGGGAAGAAAAAGGAAAAGGGAUGGGAGGAAGGACGCCGCAGCCAGAAAUAUUCAGUCUUCCUGACAUAA